UCCCGGAGAUCCGGCGUCGGGGAUCUCGCCGUGGGGGUGCCUCGCCGGGCGUCCUUCCCGGUCCCUCUGUGCCCGGAGCCUGGGGCCGUGGGGCCGUCCCUCCCUCGGCACGGGUGCGGGGGCGCUGGCGGGCCUGGCGGCUGGGUGCGCCAGCGCGGAACCGCGCCACGGAGAUGUUCUCGACGCCCGGGCUGCCCACCCCGGGGACCUCGCUGGUCCUGCGGGUGUCGUUCGUGGACGUGCGCCCUGAGGUGAUCCCCGUGCAGCUCUGGGGGCUGGUGGGCGAGCGGCGGGAGGAGUACUUGCGCCUGAACCGGGAGAUUCAGGAAGCGGCGGCCACGCGCCUCCCGUGGGCGCCGGGCAGCGCCACGGCCUCUCCGGGCGAGCUGUGCCUGGUGCAGGUGGGGCUCGUAUGGCACCGCUGCCGCGUGGUCAGCCAGCAGGCGCAGGAGAGCCGCGUCUUCCUGCUCGACGAGGGCCGCACCGUCACGGCGGACGCGGGCUCCCUGGCGCCGGGGCGCAGCGAGUUCUUCCACCUGCCCUCCGAGGUGCUGGGCUGCGUGCUGGCCGGCCUGGUGCCGGCGGACGGUGGCGGCGCGGGCGGGGGCGAGCCCCAGCACUGGCCGCCCGGCGCCGUGGACUUCCUCAGCAGCCUGCAGGGCGGGCAGGUGCACGGGCGCGUGCUGGACGUGCUGCUGCUCCAUCGCCUGGUCCUUCUGGAGGUGCCCGGGCUGUCGCAGCAGAUGCAGGAGCUCAGCCUGGCGCGGCAGGUGCCCGACAGCCUCUUCCGCUCGCUUCUCAAGCGCUACGUGACGGCGGCCGCUGCCGGCCUAGGCUCGGGGGCCCGGGUCCUCCCGCGAGUCCCUCCGAAGCAGGAGCACCCUGGCCUGGACUAUUUCUACCCGCAGCUGCAGCUGGGCGUGACGGAGCCGGUGGUGGUGACCCAGGUGUGCCACCCCCACCGCAUUCACUGCCAGCUCCGGAGCCUCUCGCAGGAGAUCCACCGCCUGUCCGAGAGCAUGGCCCAGAUAUACUGGGGUUCCACGGGGACGGGGGAUGAGAACUCUACCAGUGCCACCCGGGAGGAGAGGGAGGAGAGCCCAGACAAGCCUGGCUCUCCGUGUGCCUCCUGUGGGUUGGACGGACAUUGGUACAGAGCGCUCUUGCUGGAGACGUUUCGGCCCCAGCGCUGUGCCCAGGUGCUCCACGUAGACUAUGGAAGGAAGGAGUUAGUGAGCUGCAGCAGUCUCCGCUACUUGCUGCCCGAGUAUUUUCGAAUGCCCGUGGUGACCUACCCCUGUGCCUUGUAUGGGCUCUGGGACGGUGGGAGAGGCUGGUCUCGGUCACAGGUGGGUGACCUGAAGACACUGAUACUGGGCCAGGCGGUGAAUGCCAAGAUUGAAUUUUACUGUUCCUUUGAGCACGUGUAUUAUGUCACUCUGUAUGGAGAAGAUGGGACCAACCUGAACUGUGUAUUCGGGCUACAGUCCUGUUGCCUGGCCGACCAAUUCCUGCAGAGCCAGGGAAGGGAGGAGGAGGAGGAGGAAGGGGAAGAAGAGGAGGAAGAGGAGAAGGGACAAGCCACAGCUCUUCAGUCUCAGUCUCCUGCUGAAGAAGCGGAUGAAGAGAUUCCACUCCCGGCCUUAAGAUCUACCAGGUUGAAGAUAAACGCCUUCUAUGAUGCCCAGGUAGAGUUUGUUAAAAAUCCGUCCGAGUUUUGGAUUAGGUUGAGGAAGCACAAGGGCACCUUCAGCAAGCUGAUGAGGAGGAUGUGCAGGUUCUAUUCCUCAGCCAGUAAGCUGGAGGGGGUGGUGUUGAAACCCAAACCCGAUGACCUUUGCUGUGUCAAAUGGAAAGAGAACGGCUAUUAUCGGGCCAUGGUCACCAGAUUAGAUGACAAGAGUGUGGCCGUAUUCCUAGUUGACCGGGGCAGUUUGGAAAAUGUGGAUUGGUACGACGUGAGGAUGCUGCUUCCUCAGUUUAGACGACUGCCAGUGUUGGCUCUGAGGUGCACGCUGGCCGAUAUUUGGCCUUUGGGGAAAAGCUGGAGCCAGGAGGCAGUUUCCUUUUUCAAAAAGACUGUGCUCCACAAAGAAUUGGUUAUCCAUGUCCUUGAUAAGCAGGAUAAGCAAUAUGUUAUUGAGAUUCUUGAUGAAUCAAGAACAGGGGAAGAAAACAUUAGUAAGGUAAUGGCUCAAGCCGGAUAUGCAAAGUAUCAGGAAUUUGAAACACAGGAGAACAUUCCCGUAAGUGCCCAUUCUCCAGGGCGUGUUUCAAACCAUUUUACUGCCAAGAAUAGCAAAAUCUCUCCUGCCAAGAGGGGAGACGUAGAACAGAAGGCCCAGAGAGACAACACAACUAGCUCUGUUGCAGAAAUUUUGACUGAUCCACCAGUCGCUGCAGACACCCCAGCUGGACUAGUGGUGCAGGAGAAAGAAAAAAGAGUAUCUGUUUAUCCUCCUCUAGUGCAGAACUUCCUGGAAAUUACGCCAGACUCUCCUUGUAAAGGAGAGGUGAGAGUCGGAAGUACAGUAGGAGUCAAAGUGUCUUCUGUUGAAAACCCUGGCUGCUUCUGGUGCCAGCUGACCAGGAACAUUCAAGACUUUAAAACUUUGAUGUGUGAUAUCCAGGACUACUGCGAGAAUACAGCUGCUCCUUACCAGGGGACCGCCCCCGCUUGUCUGGCAAAACGCACGGUAAAUGGAAAAUGGUCCAGAGCUGUGAUCCGCGGGGCACAAUCUUCACAGCGCGUCAGAGUAAUGUUUGUAGAUUAUGGAGACGAAGAUGUGGUAGCUGUGAAGAAUAUUUGCUCAAUUAGUGAAGAGUUUCUCAAGGUUAAGGCUCAGGCUUUUCGGUGCAGUCUUUAUAAUUUAAUUCAACCAACGGGUCAAAAUCCUUUUGCUUGGAAUGAAAAGGCAAUCCAAGCUUUUAGGGAAUUUGUAGACAACGCAUGGGAAGACAAUCUCGAGUUGAAAUGCACAGUAUUUGCUUUGGCUUCAGCGCAUGACGAAGAGCUGUUUAACAUAGUGGAUUUGCUAACACCGUUUCAGAGUGCCUGCCACUUUUUGGUAGAAAAGAGACUCGCAAGGCCAGUGAAACUUCAGAAGCCCCUGGAGUCCUCCGUUCAGCUACAUUCUUACUACUAUUCGACACACGAGAUGAAAAUUGGAAGUGAAGAAUUGGUGUAUAUAACGCAUGUGGAUGACCCUUGGACAUUUUAUUGCCAACUGGGAAGAAACGCAAAUAUUUUAGAACAGUUGUCCUGUAAUAUUACACAAUUGAGUAAAGUUUUGCCGAAUUUAAAAACAUCCCCCUUGACCCCUGGAACCUUGUGCCUUGCCAGGUACACUGAUGGAAACUGGUAUAGGGGGAUGACAAUAGGAAAAGAACCAAAGAAAGUCUUUUUUGUUGAUUUUGGAAACAUACAUGUUGUGACCAGCGAUGAUCUGCUUCUGCUACCUAGGGAUGCGUAUGAUGUCUUACUUCUGCCCAUGCAAGCUGUUAAGUGUUCAUUGUCUGACAUACCCGCUCACAUACCAGACGAAAUUACAACAUGGUUCCAGGAGACUGUUUUAGAUAAGUCAUUGAAGGCUUUGGUGGUGGCAAAAGAUCCAGAUGGGAGACUGAUUAUAGAACUCUAUGACGACAGUAUCCAAAUCAACUCUAAUAUCAAUGAGAAGUUAGGGGUACUUGGCUACAAGGGUGGGACAAGAAAAAAAGAAGAAAGCAAAGAUCUCCUCACCGCGACAGAAACUCUUGAAGUAAAGAAGGAAAAUCUCAAGUUGUCACCUACGGAGUAUUCAAGUAGAUCAGUAGAGAACUCUGCAUUAUGUAGCAUGGAGAUCUUGGGAGAACCACACAAAUCUAAGACCAGCCCAGCAUGUAGGGAACCCAAGCUUUUACGAAGUUUGACCAAGACAAACUUCGUCACUCAGUAUCAGGACUCCGUGGGAAAUAAAGAUAAUCAAAUGUGUCCCUUCACAGCCGAGAAGAAAGAAGAAAGUUUUGCUGAGUCACCUUUGAAAGCCACAAGACUAGAAGCUACCCUUUCAGAGAGAAACAUAGGAGAUUCGUGUAACAAAGAUUUGCCUCUAAAAUUUUCUGAGCUCCCUCAGAAGAUUAUAAUGCCUGGCUUUAAAACAGUGGUGUAUGUUUCCCACAUAAAUGACCUUUCAGACUUUUAUGUUCAACUAACAGAUGACGAAGCUGAAAUCACUAGUCUUUCAGAGAGAUUAAACGAUGUUAGGACCAGGCCAGAAUUUUAUUCAGGUCCACCUUUGCAGAGAGGAGAUGUAACAUGUGCCAUUUUUCCAGAAGACAGUUUGUGGUAUCGGGCUGUGGUCAGGGAACAACAACCCAAUGACCUUCUGUGUGUACAGUUUAUAGAUUAUGGCAAUGUUUCUGUGGUCCAUACUAACAAGAUAGGUAAGCUGGACCUUCUUAACGCACUGGUACCAGCCCUGUGCAUUCAUUGCUCCUUGAGGGGACUUUGGGCUCCUGAGAUUUUAAACUGUAAGGCAGUGACGCGUUACUUUUCCCGAAGGACAGACGAGGUUCAAAUAAGAUGUGAAUUUGUUCAGUUCCAAGACAGAUGGGAAGUUAUUCUUGCUGAUGAACAUGGGAUCAUAGCAGAAGACAUGAUUAGCAGAUAUGCUUUCAGUGAAAAAUCUCAAGUAGGACUUUCUGACCAAAUCAUUAAAGGUGCCUGUUCAAAGUCUGUCCACAAAACAGACAUUGGCACUUCACUGUUUCUUAACUGGUACAACCCAAAUAUGAAGAUGAUAAGAGCAUAUGCCACAGUGAUAGAUGGACCUGAAUAUUUUUGGUGUCAGUUUGCUGAUACCGAGAAACUUCAGUUUUUAGAAGCAGAAGUACAAACCGCUGGAGAACAAGUAACGGCUUGGAGGAGUUGUGUCCCAUGCCCUCAUAUCGGAGAUCCUUGCAUAGUGAGAUAUAGAGAAGAUGGGCAUUAUUACAGGGCACUUAUCACCAAUAUUUGUGAUGAUUAUCUGGUAUCUGUCAGGCUUGUGGACUUUGGAAACAUCGAAGACUGCGUGGACCCCAAAGCACUCUGGAAUAUCCCUUCUGAACUCUUGGUGGUUCCCAUGCAAGCCUUUCCAUGUUGCCUCUCAGGAUUUAAUAUUUCAGAAGGUACGUGCCCUCAAGAGGGAAAUGACUAUUUUUAUGAAAUAGUAACAGAAGAUGUGUUGGAGAUAACAAUAUUAGAAAUCAAAAGGGAUGUUUGUAAUAUCCCUUUAGCAAUCGUUGACUUGAAAAGCAAAGGCGAAAGUAUUAACCAGAAGAUGAAGAAAUAUUCUAAGAUUGGCAUCAGUAACAGUGCUCUGCCCUAUGAAAAACAUGACCCGGAGAUAAAGGGAGCUCUUGGGUCCCUCAGUCCUGAGGUUGGAUUUAAGAAACCAAGUAGUAAAGCUGGACAAGAGAAAGCCCUAUAUGUCGAGUCACAGACAGAUGAGCUCUCUGAAAGAACUGAAAAAGAUUUAAACAUCACUGAAGCCAAACCAACUAAGUUCUAUGACCCUGACACUGACAACCUUUUUGAAGCUUUCGAAAACCCAUGCAAAGAUAAAAUUGGCGUCGAGGUACUGGAAGGUAAAAGAGAGUGCCGUCUGGUCGACGAAGCAAAGUUUGAUGAUAAACACCUCAUGACAGGAUUUAACAUGUUACUACCACUGCAGGCUAGUGAAACAAAGGAGAUAUUAGAACUGAACUCACUUGAGGUGCCACUUUCUCCUGAUGAUGAAUCAAAAGAGUUCCUGGAGCUGGAGUCCAUUGAGUUACAGCAUUCUCUAGUCGGGGAUGAAGAAAAAGAGCCAGGCCGGGUGCCUCCACUUGUGCCCCUCCCCCAAGGCUGUGACACAGAAGCCACCCUGCAUCCGUUUACAGUGCAGCUUCCCCUCAACUGUGAAUCUGAGAAACAGCCGGAACUAGAAUUACCCACAGCCCAGUUGUGUUUAGACGACAAAAUAAACCCUUUGUCUCUACCAGUUGGUCAGAGAGCCCAAGACCCCAUGUGCGCUGAGGACACAAGGAAGUCAAGUUGUAUGGAAUGUUUUGACGACCAGCCUAGGUUACCCUUGCACCUACAUGGAAUGAAUUGCGAUCCCAACAGGCAAAUUGAAAUUAACAUAUAUAAAAAAGAAUUUACAGAGUACAAAAGCAGAGAUGCCAUUUCACCACUGACUCUGUUCUCCGAAGAAGAAUCCAGAGACGGAAGGAAGCGCAAUAAUGCUUUACAAGAUCAUGUCUCAGCUCAAGCAGAGAAGACCUACACUCUGGAAGGAUUUGCUGUUGGAUCCAAGUGUGUUGUGUGGUCAAGUCUAAGAAACACAUGGUCUAAAUGUGAGAUUCUGGAAAUAGGUGAAGAAGGCACAAGGGUUUUGAACCUUUCAAAUGGUAUGGAGGAGAUAGUGAACCCUGAGAAUGUCUGGAAUGGCAUACCCAAAUUAGAUAAGAGUCCAUCUGAGAAAAGGGGUCUGGAGGUGAUAUAAAUUUAACUGUGGAUCCAUAGACGUGGCCAAUCUGUCUGAAACUGCUCUUAAACAUGUGGCAUCUUGCCCAGACCAGCAGAGUAUUUGAGCAAGUCGAGAGCAUAUGAUCACAAGAAGUUGUCAUUUUUGAAAACUCUGAUAUGCACUGAAAACAAAAUAGAUCUCAGGGCCACUCCGAAAUGUAUUUACAGUGGUUUUGCCGUACAUAUGGAUCUGGGAUCUUUCUUCUCCCUUUAAAUAUGUUAUGUUUCUAAUCAGUUAGGUGGAUUUAUUUUGCUAAACAAUAUGCUAACACAUUACUCAAAUUUAAAAAAACAAAAAACAAAAAAAAACCAACCCACCCCUAUUUCUGUUUCUUUUGAAUAUAGUGUUUAAAUUAAAAUAGAAAAUGCUAGGUUUAUGGCAAGUGUAUUAUAUGAUACUACUUACAGGGAUGGCUUUGUUAGCAAUAACUCCUUCAGAUUUUUGUUUUGUUGCUGAGCUUUGUCUUGUCAGUCUAGUUAACAUUUGAUUAAUAUUCUGUUUGAUUUUGGAAGUAUUCUAAUAUGACACAACAUUUGAAUAAAGUUUCUCCUUAAAGGUG